AUGACGGUCAACGAGCAGGCCCUCAACAUCAUUGUACCCAUUGGGGGUCUCGGCACUCGCUUUGCCAAGCAGGGCUAUCGCUUCCCGAAACCUCUUAUCAACAUCAUCGGGCGUCCAAUGCUGUUGUGGUUAUUCGACAACCUGAGCAUCCGACCUCAAGACACCCUGUGGAUCGCGGUCAACGAGCAAGUCGACGAUGAGUUCCGCAUCGGACAACUGGUGGCCAAAUCCCUCCCCAAGACGGAUCUCCAUCUGCUCAGACUGCGCCACCAGACAAAGGGCGCGAGCGAGACACUGUUCAUGGUGAUGCAGAGCAUGGGCCCCCAGCACCUCGACCGAAGGACCGUCUCCCUCGACUGUGACACCAUCUACUGGACCGACGUGCUGCACCAUGUCCGCCAGAUGCCGCCCGGGUACGGUGGCUGCUUCUACUUCACAGACAAGGGCGACAAGCCCAUCUACUCCUACAUCAAGACGGAGGAGGAGAGCGGGCAAGAAGUGAUCCGCAGGAUCGCAGAAAAGCGCGCCAUCUCCGACAAGGCGAACACGGGUGCGUACGUGUUCCCCUCGGCCCACAUCCUGAGGGACUGGUGCGCCACAAACCUCGACCAGCGCAACGACCCUGCCUUGGCCGAAUACUUCACGUCCCAGGUCAUCACCAUGAUGCUCGACCACGUCCCCUUCCUGGGCAUCGAGAUCAGCGCGGACGACUUUAGCUGCGUGGGCACCCCGGCGCAGUUGGAGGAUCUCCUGGCAAAGCUCAAGGCACAGGGGCUUGGCCACAUGCGCAAACGACGCUUCUGCUUCGACCUGGACAUGACUCUCGUGGGCGUCCCGCAAGUCCCGGGCGACUACAGCACGUGUCCUCCCAUCGAUCGCAACAUCCGCUUGGUGCAGCAGCUCUAUGAAGCCGGCCACUACAUCAUCAUCCAGACGGCAAGGCGCAUGCGCACACAUCAGGGCAAUAUGGGCUCGGUCCUCGCCGACGUCGGGCCCGUCACCUUUGCGCAGCUCGAUCGCUACAACAUCCCGUACCACGACAUCCACUUUGGCAAGCCAUAUGCAGACGCAUACAUUGAUGACUUGGCCAUCAACUCAAACAUGGACACAAUGAAGGAGCUGGGGUGGCUGCUGAAUGAUGCUCUUGAGCCGUCCACCCCUGAGAACUUGAGCAUGGUGGCUGCGCGAGAUUUCAACACCAUCCAAGCUGUCGGCGACAAGGUCGUCAAGUCGUCCAAGUCGGGCAACAUACUUGGCGAGCUAUUCUUCUACUCACACAUGCCGUCUACACUGCGCAGCGUGUUCCCCGCCGUGGACCAGGUGGAUUAUUUGGAGACCACCGGGACGUACAGCAUCACCAUGGAGAACAUCAAGGGCACCACCUUUUCGCACUUGCUUGUAGGCCGCUCCAUGACCAGAGGUCGCCUGCAGCUGCUUCUGGAGGCUCUUCAUACCAUUCACCACACACAGACAGCUGGGAGCCCCGGUCUUGAGCCGAACAUGGCCAUCUCGCCGGCGCUCAAGGCGAAACUCGACGCCCACUCCCUGGCCAACGCCAACCAUCGCGUGAGCAUCUACGCCAAUUAUGCGACCAAACUGCAGCAGCGGUACAACGCUCAUCGCGAGCAGUAUGACGCCCUGGGCCCACUAGCGGCCUCGCUCUAUAACCGGCUGCACGAGUUCCUGGACACCUAUGAGGCCGAGGACAAGGGCGUGCACGCGCACGUCAUUCAUGGCGACCCCGUGUUCAGCAAUGCCAUCCUGUCCCAAGAUAGCCGCCAAGUGCGCUUCAUUGACAUUCGCUGCCAGCUCGAGAACACAUUGACGCCAGAGGGCGACGUACACUACGACCUGGCCAAGGUGUUGCAGAGUCUGUGCGGCUACGACCACGUCAUGUUUCUCUUAGCUGACGCGGAGCGCAACCAAACCAGUCGCGAGGCUCUCGACAAGCUCUCCGAGGACUCGAGACGCGUCAAUCACGAGGUCUCGGGGCACACCAAGGGGAACCACCUCCAAGUCCAGGGUCAUCAUGCGCCAUCCACGCCGCCUUUGCUCGAGGAGGUGGACAGGGCCUUGCUGGAUGACCUGCAGCAGAGCUUCUUCGCGUUCAUAAAGGACGAAUACUCGGUGGGCAUCCACCCCAAGACCCUCCUCCGGAUCACUGCUUCGCUUCUGUUCAGCCUCAUCCCACUGCACCGUCCGAAGCUGGGGCCCAUCUUCUUGAGGAUGUGUCAUGACACACUGGACAAGGCUGUUGGCAUCCGGGCAGCUCGACUUGUGCAGAGCGCGAGUUUCAGCUCGAUCAGCGACCAAGGUGUGUCCACGUAG